AUGCCUCCCUUCCCGAAGUCCAUCGCCGAGGACUCCAAGUCAGUUCUCUGGCGGCUCCAGUCCUUCUCCAUUUGCCAGGAGCAGAAGACCAUUGGUCCUACAGCCCUCUUCCUCGACCGCGCCAACGCUGAGUUUGGCUUCCUCAAAUACACCUCCUCUAGCAUCGUAUCAGUCCUCCGCUUCCCCGAAACCAAUGAGCCAAUAUACUUCGAGGCCAAGAGCGCCCGCGCAGCAGCCUGGCGCGACAAGAGCAAAAAGGUCUCGAUCCUCUUCCAGCACCUUCAAGUCGAUCUGGAGUUUGCGGCACCGGACCAAGCUCGUAGCUUCCUAGAUGUGCUGGAGGAUAUUGCGACGGCGGCUGGCAACCAUUUCUUCUACAGCUAUGAAGUUCCACAAAAGGUCGCAUUCGUCAAGCGCGACUUCGACAUGGAACAGCAGGGCUUCACGAGCCGAGCUCCGCAGCCUUGGAUGGCGGUCCCUGCUGAUUCGUCUGAGUGGCCUCGUCUACGGAAGACGGGUGAAUGGUCAGACUUCACCAUUUUCGCGGGUGGCAGUCAGUUCCGCGUCCAUCGCGUGAAGCUUUGCAAAGAGUCGUACUAUUUCAGGGCGGUAUGCAGCGGUGGCUUCUCUGAGACCGCGAAGCAGUCCAUCGAGCUUCCAGAAUCAGCACAAGUCGUAUCCACACUCCUCGACGAGAUGUACGGUGUCUACAACCCCACAACUGGAUCUAUCUUCACCAACUUCGCGCUUCGUAUGGAGAUCGAGAAGGAACUCAUGAUGAACCAGCUCCUGGACCUUUUCAUCGCUGCGGACAAGGCAACUGCUCUCUACAACCUUGAGAACAUCAAGCGCCGCGCGGCCGAAGCCAUCAUCGACCGCCUCCCCUUCAUAACCGACCCACUCAUGAUCGUCGACCUGGCUACAUGCAUCUACCACGAGCAAUGCCCAGAAAACGACCGCGGACUGCGCAAAGCCAUCAUCGAGUGUGUAAGAAUGAGGAUGCCUGCCAUACUAAAGGAUGAGGGUGCGUGGGAGGAGUUCUCGGAGAACAAGAACGUACUGAGGGCUUUCCAUGUGUCGCAAUGUGAGGCGCGUGAGGGUGAUGGUAUGAUUGCGGGUGGCGGUGGAGGUGGGGUGAUGACGCCGCCUGCUACGCCUAGGUAG